AUGGCGGAAGACAUCGUAAAGCUUUUGACUAGCAUGGAUGCCGCGGGAAAACAAAAACUCCAUGUACGCUCAUGCUCUGGUAAGACCUGAAGUUGCCCUAAGCGUCUGGCGGCCGGAACUGUCGAUUCAUAUAUAGGGAAGCUUAGAGCGAUUUUCAAUAGGUUAGGCCGUACAGGGUUUUCUAACCCGUUAGCACAUUCUUGUGUUAAAGAAUAUCUUAUGUUUGUAAGAGAGGAGCAAGCUCAGCGACCUUUGUAACCUCGUCAGUCUGUCCCUUUGUUCUAUGAAAAAUUCACCCGUUUAAUUGCCUAUCUUCGCGGGCUUAAUGCCGAAGGCUCUGUGCUUUCUCCUCUCAAUAGAUACCUCCUGGUCAGAGAUAUAACAUUCUUUGUUACAGACUUUUACACCGGUGAUAGAGCAUCCGAUUUAGGCCGUUUAAAGGCAGAUGAGCUUUUUGCGUCUCAAGGAUAG